AUGCCAGUACGCAAGGACCAAGAGAAAUGGACCGCCACACCGUCGGCAGUCUCGCUGCCAUCAGAUUCCUUCCUGCCCCAUGCAGUGCCACAAGCGCCGCCAGCCACAAGACGUCGUACAAUCAUGACUCUGCUACAGAUGGCAUUGUUCUACACCCUUGGCACAGCGGUGGCAGUCAUGGGUGCUCAUCUGAGCCUCUUCCAGUACCUUGACGGGACGCCCGUCCGGUCCACGAGAUUGACGCAAAGCAUUGAGAAUGCCAUGGCCAGUUUCAUGGCACUUGUCGCAGAGCUACUUCUCGUCUCUGGAGUGAGCAUUGCCUACACCCAGUUGCUCUGGAGGUUCUUCCGCCAAAAAACACUGAGCGCUUUUGUUAUUGACAAGCUCGUCUCGCUGCCGGACAGCCCUUGGGAUCUUGCUCGGCCUCGGGUUAUUAUCAGUGCCAUUGGGCCCUGGCUGGCGGCCCUGAUCUGCGUGUUGAUGCCUCUAGCCGGCAUGUUUCCUCCUGGUUGUUUGACGGUCGAGUUCCGCAACAGCAUCGUGCCAGUGACGCUAUCAGCAGUGCCAACCCUGAACAUCUCCUACUGGGGCCCUGGCAAUUAUCGUGGGUUUGUCGACCACGCCCUCUUCGACCUUAACGCCGAUCUGGAUUUCAUCAAUGUCCAGCCUAAGCUUACUACUCUAGCCCGCACGGUUCUAGCGCAAGGCGAGCCUGUUGCACCUCCCACGCCAUGCAGUGGUCCUUGCACAUACGACAUGCAGUUCGACGGGCCAAGCUUCGAAUGCAAACAGGUGAACGCGACGAAGUACACUCUCUUUAAGCCUUGCACGGAUGUCGUCUUCAAGGCGAAAUCGCAGAGCGUAAGAGACGGUCUUUUGAUCCGCAACAACUCAGUGCGGUUAUCGUGGCACACUGAGAGAAACGACGAAGAGGCUUGCCGAAACUCGACACUCCGGACCAUGGACUGUUCCGUGAAACUCGCGACCUACAACGUUAAGAUGACGAAUGAGGAGAAUGGAACCCGCAUCUUCAACACAAAAGUGACCGGAGAAAGGGAGUUUUGGGACGACGAGAACCCGAUUCCCCUGCGCUUCUACGACUAUUUCUACGACCGUGAGUCCGGGAACCUCAUGGACGAGGCUGUCAACCAAACUCAGCUGCACAAGGUGUAUGCCAAUACACAAGCAUACGCUAUUCGAGAGGCUGCUGUUCAAGCCUUGGUGGGCGAUGUCCGACGAUUCUCUGAUGGUGGAGGUGCCACGAAGACCGCCUUGCUAUGGCCCAACAUGACUUACGUGGUUGGUAGCCCAUAUAUUGGCAUGACCGACAGAUUCAACCCGCAAGUAUCCCUGACGCCCGAGACGGUUCAAAAAUACCUCCAAGACAUUGUCAUAUCAACACUGUCGCUUAAUCCAAAGAACAAGCCGCUCUGGACGAACGGGCCUGAUAUUCCGGCUCUCGAGGGCGGCGCAACAUAUAUCUUUGAUUCGAAGCUGCAAUUCUUCUUGCCUUAUGGUGUGUGUCUGCUGGUGGCUGGCGUGGUUUACAUUCAUGGCAUCUGGGCCAUGUGGAAGAAUGGACAACCGGCCGGCAAAAGCCUGUUGCAGUUUGCCACGGCGGUAAGCACGAGCAAGACUCUCCAGGACACCUGCAGUUCGCGGACGGACGGGGAUCCGUUUGAGAAUUUGAAAGAUAUCAAGCUUCGAUAUGGUGUGGGAAGGUCGUUUGACAGUGCGGGCUCAUCGAUUUAUGUCACUGGAUUCGGAACUGUUGAUGAAGUCAAUUGUACAAAGUAG